AUGGGAAGAUCACCGUGUUGCGAUAAAAAUGGACUCAAGAAAGGUCCAUGGACACAAGAAGAAGAUCUCAAACUUUUGGAGUAUAUUCAAGUACAUGGACCUGGCAAUUGGCGAACCCUCCCCAAGAAUGCUGGACUUCAACGGUGUGGAAAGAGUUGUCGUCUUAGGUGGACAAACUACUUGAGGCCUGAUAUCAAGAGAGGAAGAUUCUCAUUUGAAGAAGAAGAAACUAUCAUUCAACUUCAUAGUGUGCUGGGGAAUAAGUGGUCAUCGAUCGCUGCUCGGUUGCCUGGAAGAACGGACAAUGAAAUCAAGAACUACUGGAACACCCACAUUCGGAAAAGGCUACUCAGGAAUGGGAUUGAUCCAGUGACUCAUAGUCCUCGCCUCGAUCUACUUGACAUCUCUUCCAUGCUCAACUCAGCCCAGCUUAAUCUCUCAAACCUUUUGAACCUCCAGACACUUGUAAAUCCAGAAGUUCUAAGGCUUGCGACUCUACUAGCAUCAUCAUCAAAUCAAGAGAACCAAGAGUUGUUUCUAAAUAACCAAAUGAAUCCUAUGAACCAAACCCUUGAUCAGCAGCUUCCAAACUGCAGUUCUAUCGCGCCAAGACUUUCAAGCACUCAGCUUUUGAGUCAAGAGAGUCAUAGUCAGUAUUUUUCACCAAACUUUGUUAACAUGAAUGGGCAAAUCGUUGAAGAAAAUGUGAUGUCCCCAUGCUUAACCCAUAAUCAUGUUAUCCUCCCAAGUCAAAGUGAUCAAUAUAGGGCACAAGCAUCAGAGAACUCGAGUGUCCAGAAAUCAAAUAUAGAACACAACUACAACCACACCAGCCAGAAUUUCAACUUUGAUUCAGUUUUAUCGACGCCCAUGUCAAGUCCUACGCCACUAAACUCAUCAUCAACCUUUGUCAACAGCAGCAGCACGGAGGAUGAGAGAGAGACUUACUGCAGCAUGUUUAAGUUUGAGAUUCCAGAGAGCUUUGAGUUUGAUGAUUUCAUUAAUAGUUAGUACAAUUACAAGACUGCCUUGUGAAUGGAAUCAUGUGGUUGUUUUUGAGGAUAGUCCCAUUAGGGCUUUGUACGUAG